CUUCAGUUGUAAACCAAUCGAGGGACUACACAGUGUACACUCGUCCAGCCUUCCUAUAGCCUCGACCAUCUGCUGUGUGACAAAGUUCCACAAGCAGACAAGCACUUCUAAGGGCGCCCCAGCUGGAUUUGCUGCUCUUCAAAGGUGCCUCAAAACUUCUUAGUAGUUGAAGCUUAGACUGAACUCUUUGCAGAAACUCUUGGCUCAAGCUGACAAGCCCAUGGCUGCUGCAAAUGUGGUGAUUGUUGGGGGUGGCCCAGCUGGUUUGCUGCUGGCGCACUAUCUUCUCCAGCGGGGGGAUGCCUACACAGCAGAGCUGCAUGAGGCGCGUCCAGACCUGAGAACCGAGUCAAUUGCUGCCCGAAACCGCCAGUAUGCCAUCGGCCUCAGCGAGCGUGGUCGCAAUGCCAUCCAGGGCGUAGAGGGGCUGUGGCCGCUAGUACAGAAGGAGGGCGCUGAGAUCAGCCGCUUCGUGCUGCACUUUGGGAAGCGGGAGCAGAAUCUCAAGCGGCGAGCCGACAAACCAAGCCUGCUAAUCAAUCGGUCACAGCUGGCGGCGACAUUGCUGGCGGAGCUAGAGCGGAGGCAUGGUCCAAAGCGGCUCAAAUUGCACUUCAACUCCCGCUGCCUGGGAGCCGACUUCGCGGCCCGCACCGCUUCCUUCUCGGCGUCCGAAAAGUGUCCGUACGACCUGCUCGUGGGUGCCGAUGGUGUCCGGUCGGCGGUCCGGCUGGAGUUCCUGAAGCGUCGUGAGUUUGAUUAUCAGCAGCGGAGCGUGGACAACGCGUGGAAAGUUCUGCACGUGCCACGUCCGCCCGGCAUCGCGGUCGACGCCGUGCACAACUAUCGGUUUCAAAGGCCAGGACAGAGCGGCGGGGGUCCGUUCGGCUUGUUCGCAAAGCGGGACCCGACGCAAGGGGACGUGUUCGCUCUCGCCAUCCCCACCAACGACGGCGGCCUUUCCGUUCUCAUCAGCUGGGAUCCCAAGAAGCCCCCGCGCGACUUCCUGGCGAUUGAGAGAACUGACGAGAUGUCGGCCUUUUUGGAGCGCCUCAUCCCCGGCAUUACAGUCUCGCCCGAGGCGGCCGAAGACUUCCUCAAGCAGAGGGCGUCCGGCUACAUGCAGGUCCGCUGCAGCCGCUACCACGACUCCGCCGGUCGCGCGAUUCUCAUAGGCGACGCUGCACACGCAAAUUCGUCAGCUCUCGGACAGGGUGCCAAUUCUUCCCUUCAGGACGUCGUCGCUCUAGACCGCAUCCUCAGCGAGUCCCGUGACGACAUUGAUGCGGCUUUGCCCCGCUACUCCGAGUUGAUGGUCCCCGAGGGUCAAGCCCUAGCGGAGCUAACCGACAACUUCUUCCCCCGGUCUCGUGCCCUGGCAGCGGUCAGCAUCGCGAGGCAGUUAGCGCUAACCCAGAUCAGUAACUGGUUCCCCAACCGGGUGUACCCGCCCAUACAGAGCCUGACGUCAGAAACGCUCAUGCCGUACUCGGAGAUAGCACGCAUCAAUCGGCGGUGGCUGAACACCGUGCGUAUGUCGAACGAGAAACUCAAAAUGGAAGGGCUACAAUAGAGGAGGAACCCGAAGUUGAAAACGUAACACUGGCCUCACCAAGAGUUGUGGUAAGUUUGUACAUUACACAUUUUUGAGAGUUGCCUUUGGAAGAGGACAAUGGACGGCCAUCAAUGUUCGCCGUUCUCUACCUAACAGAUGCGGUGUUGAAAGAAUGCAGUCCUAGAAAGCCUUUGUGCGGAGCUCCGGUUACUGCUCUUCUUGUUGCCCGUAGACUAGAUAUCUUCGAAACUCGUCAAAUGGUCAAAGGCCAAUUUGGAGUGGCACGUCAAUGAGGUCAACAGACUGCACUGUGUGCGGGUUAUUGUUUGCUAUGCUGAAAGCCAACCGUUGUAUACGUUCUCGUGC